AUGGCAAUAAUCAAGCGAAUCGAGAUGACUGUCCAGGUCGACGGUCGAGAUCUCCGGGAAUACGAGGACCCCGAUGCGGAUACAGAAAACGAUGGCGAGAUCACGCGAUAUAUUCAAGCUAGCUCCGAGACACCUUUUACUCUGAGCUUCAAAGUGCCAAAUGACUUUCCUCUAGACGCGGACUGUCUCAGUUUUGAGUAUACCUUCGAUGGAAACCUUAAGGACGACUUCCUUUGGCGAAAAGAGAAAUUCAACAGUAGCAAAGGCAAAUUAAGCAAAACUGUCAAAGGGUAUCCUGUCUAUGACAAGAAAGGAUUUCGGCUGCAGGAAUUCAUGUUUGCCAAAAUUAACUUUGGGGAGGACACAGAACUCAACCUUUAUGACGAACUAUCUCCUUCAGAAGUACGCAGUCUUAGCACUAUAGUCUGCAAGGUAUAUCGGAAGGAGAUCAUUGGUAGCUGUACUAUCGGCGGAGGGGCCGAGAUUGUCAAAGAUAGUGUUCCGCCAACUGAAGCGUUGAUGAUCAAAGAGAAAGUAUUGAAGGGACAAGGCCUUACUCACAGUAUUCUGACCGGCGAAGAGAUCAAAGCAAGCCCGCAGAAUACCUGGCCCACCCGGCGUGUCGAUAAGAAGCCGCUGGCUACGUUCACCUUCAAAUAUCGCUCCAAUGAAGCUCUUCAACACCUUCACAUCAUUCCUCGUGAAAUCCCUUUAGAGGAACGCGAUAUCGAGACUCUGACUAAGACAGAAAUGCGUGAGCUUCUGAGGAGACAGCAAGGAAAGCAACAACAUGCUCAAGCCAACGUAGUCACUGAGUGCAAUCGUGACGACGAGUACAAGGCUUUAUUAGCCUCGGCAAAAUCUCAACAAGCUCGACGAGCACAGCCAGGACCAAAUGACGAGGUCGUUGCACUAGAUGAUGGGGCUGUUGCGGGCUCGCCCUGGGGUUUGCAGGCUUGGGUGUCUCGGGCAAAGGGGGCAUUUCAAGGUAGAGGGUAA